AUGUACGAGAUUAUUUUCCGAGCGCUACCAUUCCCUGAUAGUACGGAUAUACAGGAACUUGUUGAAAGCAUAAAAGACGGAAGCAGAGUUAUUAAACCUCAAAUUCAAUCAAAUAAGGUCCUAAACAUGGAUUUGACAAGUCUCAUACUGGAUUGCUGGAACACUAGUCCCGAAAUGAGACCCAGUGUGCGAAGAAUCAAGCUGAACAUAGAGACAUAUCUAAAAGUGUGGGUCCUUUCACUUUUAUCUCUAAUGCAGAGUUCAAUUAUUACAAUGUUCAUUCCUAUACUCGUAUAA